UAAUUUUUGUGGGUUAUGCUAAUCACUGCAUAUUUGAACGUACUUUAAUUGCUUUUGUUAAAAGUUCACAGUUCUGCAAUAAAUCCUCAAUUUAUAUAGUACCUUUUGUGCAAAACUUAAACUAUUGCCAGAGAACGUAAAUUCAUGAAUUUUACGUUCUCUGCUAUUGCCAUGUCUUAAAACUGAAGCACUAUGUUUUGUUUGCUGUCAAACACAGCUGACUUCAUUAUUGGGCACAUUGUAUGUGAGUUUAUAGGCGGCAAUAUUAAAAAGAUUUAAAUGGCUUGCAAAAUAUUUAAUGCCUUUGAAGGGUGUAUGGAGGAGUUAGCUUAUCAGCGACCAGCGCUGCAUGACAUGGAUCCAGAGGUAUUUCCCAGUGGCGCACCUUUCAGCAAAUCGUUGAUUGAAAUUUCUGGUUCAUCGGAAGCGGGUAAAAGUAUGCUUCUGUGGAGGUUGAUGGCGCGUUGCCUCACGCCUACCUAUUUUGGUGGUCGUAAUUGUGAUAUUAUUUUUAUUGAUUUACAACAUAAAUUCGAUAUGGAACACUUUGCACGGCAAAUCAAACGUUUGGUGAUUUCUUCUGGAGAACAAUAUACUACUGCUGAAUUGGAAGAAGUGGUGGAAAAGUCCCUUGAAUCGGUACAUUUAUUGAAUUGUUACAGCUCAAAAGACUUCGAUGCAGCUUUGGAAUUUGCAGACGGAUUGCUGAUGAAACAUUCUGAUUGUGCAAUGAUAGCAAUUGAUGGAUUGGAUCGUUUCUAUUGGUUGGACACAUAUGUGCGCCGUAUACGUAUGCAAACUCAUUACGUGCGGAAUGUAGAGCGGAUACGAAAUUUAUGUGAGCGCCAUGGUGUCUGUUGUGCGUACACUGUUGACACCAACUAUUUAGGUGUAAAAAAAAUGGGUGGAGUUGAAGGCAAUGCUCCUGGUCACGUUGCAUUGAGAACAAAUGUGAAUGUGGAACACAGGCUUUAUCUGCAAUUUCGAAAGAAUGGCGAGCGUUUUCUUAAUGAGAGGCCUGUGGAGAUCAGAGAUGAUGGCUUGCACUUCAUAAAUACGCAGCAAUAAAGUAAAGCGUAAAAAUUACUUUAAAAAUAUGGACAAGAGGAGUGCAUGCGACCUGUAAGUGAUAAUACAUGUCUAUUCGAAACUUGUUUCUCAUGCCGGCUUGACCCAUAGUAGGUUUAUUGUUGUGACAUCAUAAAACAUCAACCACAUGUUUUGGGGGAAUAGUGUCAUUACGGUAACGUACAAUUGGGUGUCGUGGGAACGAUGGUAGGUGGACACUCAUGUUAGCUUUGGCCCAAGCUUUGUCUGUAUUCAAAAUGACAAAGGACGACAAUAACCGCAAAACAUUAAUUUCAAAGAAUUCAAAUAAUAUGAAAGCAUAAGUACUUGUUGAAACGAAAAAUUGCGACCAUUUUGGUGUAUAUUGGAAAAUAGAUAUCCCAUUUUCAAAUAUAUAUGUAUGUGUAUCUAAAACACUCCCAUACACUACUAAACUUGAUACAUAGCACAUAAACUUUUUCGAAUGCCUUCUUGACACUGCCUACUUUUACGCAUAUACUUUGGCUUUAUCUUAGUAUGAUCUUAACAUUAAUGAAUUAUUAAAUUCAAGCAAUUAUCCGCAUUACCCAUCUACCUCCAUUGAAAACUCAAGGGUAGAAAACAUAAAAUUUUUAUUAAAUUACACUGAAGCAAAUUAUUUAUUGCGGUUUGUGAAGUACAGGAAAAUGUGUAAGGAUCGACCGAAGAUCGGGUUCGACUUGGGCCGAGUAUCGAUAAAAUAGGUCGGAGUUCAGUUCGGCUUGGCUUCGUCCCCAAAUAGUGAUAUUCGGUUUUUAUAAAAGUAUGAAGUGAUUUUGUUUUUUGUUUACCUAAAACACUAAAGCAAGCCAGACUACAGUCGGUUAUACGUUACUGGAAAGACCCGGUGUUUUAGCAGCCAAGGACUGUCACGUAAGCACCCUUCCUCCUAAAAUUUGUGAGGAAUGUUUUAUGGUGUUGAGAUAUGUCUUCUCGUGAUAUAACGAGAUCUCUCAUUGUUUGGCCGCAUUUUCAUGGCUCAGAUUUGUUUUAUUUUAUGUGUUAAAGUUUUGUGGCGGAUUCAUUUCAAUAGCUAAUGAAAUUUAAUGAUUGUUUAAGCAUUGUGUCAUGAAAGCAAAUAAACAAAUGCUUUGUUAAUUUAUUGUAACUUGGAUUAGUCUUCCUCAAAAAUUGUAAUAAAGAAAAUGUACAACCACUUCAUUUAA